UUUAUCUGUAUGAUCCAAGUCAAAGCCAAUCUUCACACGGAAAACCAAGAUUUGAAGCCAAAUAACUCGGACUUUCACAGGUUUUGUUGCAGAAGAUUGAUUCAACAAUGAUGCCAAAGGCUACAUCUUCAUCCACAAACGAUUUUCAAGCACCUCAAAUGUUUCCCGUGAAUGAAUAUUUGGCUUCAUCUUCUGUUGAACUAAGUUCUUCCUCAACUUCACACUCUUCUACCUCCCUCCUCUGCUAUCUCUCUCUUCUCAAGGACAAGCUAGGUCAGCUGCAGAACCUGGUCGAUGUUCUUGUCUCCCCUCAACAUAACCUACCCCACUCAACUAUGGCAAUCUCCACCAUGAACGCAACACUCCAAGAAAUCAUAGUGGCAGCCACUUCAAUGAGAUUCACCUGUCAGCAAAUGGGUCUUGGUUCCUCUUCAGGAACCAGUAAUAUUGCUAAUGAAUUGCACCGAAACCAGAAUCAGCAACAACUUGAUCAUGAUAGAGUAUUAUCAUCAUCACCUCAUCAUCCAUCGAACUUUGGUAAUAGGGGUAUGGUUAGUAUGAGUAGCAUCAGCAUGAGCUCUGAUAUGAUUAGAGGGCAGAGUGAUUUCUUGUCUGGGAUAGAAGGAGGGGCACUGGAUUGGUUUGCUGAAAGCUACAACAACAACAGCAACAACAUCGGAGAUUGUAAUAACGUUAAGGAUGAAGAAGGCGACAUGAACAUGAUGGGAGAGAGUGACAUAAUCGAAUUGGAUGCUGCUGAUUUGUUGGCCAAGUAUUCGUAUUUUUGCCAAGUGUGUGGGAAAGGGUUCAAGCGUGAUGCGAAUUUGAGGAUGCACAUGAGGGCUCAUGGGGAAGAGUACAAAACAAGUGCAGCGUUGAGCAAUCCAAUGAAAAGCAAGGAUAGUUUAUUAUUGGGUGAGGGAGGUUCCAGCAAGAAAUAUUCUUGCCCUCAAGAAGGGUGUAGGUGGAACCAGAAACAUGCCAAGUUCCAGCCCUUGAAGUCAAUGAUCUGUGCUAAGAACCAUUACAAGAGGAGCCACUGCCCCAAGAUGUACGUGUGCAAUAGGUGCAACCAGAAACAGUUUUCGGUGCUUUCUGAUUUGAGGACACACGAGAAGCACUGUGGGGACCCCAAGUGGCAGUGUUCCUGUGGCACAACAUUUUCUAGGAAAGACAAGCUUAUGGGACAUGUUGCUUUGUUCGUGGGACACACACCAGCUGUUCAUGGUUUCUCAAGAUAUGUUCGAUGAUUCAUCAUGAAGAGGUGCAGCAAGUUGGGGAGUGUGAUUUGGAGCAUGUUCACUGCACAAAACUUGGGUUCGGUGGAAAAUUUGCUGCCAUAGCAUAUUAUUGUUGACAUGUGGUAAUAUAUAUACUUCCUCAGCAAUGGCCAACAUUACUCUAAUUCCUUAUCGUUAUCGUAUAUAUAUAUAUAUAUGGUUUUCUUUUCUGUUAGUUUGAAUUUUCUUCUCUUUUUAUUUCUUGGAUUUGCCUUCUAUAUAUAACUGAGUAUAGGGUGUAAUGAAUGUUGCUCAUGAUAUGAUAAUCUCAGUUUUGUUCUGUAAGUACGUAUGUUGAAAGGAGAAUAUCGAUCGCUGUAUAUAUACAUACAUGUAUGUAUAUGAAUAUGUGUAUAGAUAAUGUAGUUUUAUGUG